AUGGGUAAGAUGGACAACACCUCCGUGGAGCUGAGCUCCCCCACCGAGGUGAAGCAAGCAGCUCUGGAGGAGCCGGAGCCCAUCACCCCUGAAGCUGUGAGCACCAAAAAGAAGAAGGACAUCCCAGACAGAGGCUCCUGGAAGGGGAGGUUUGACUUCUUGCUGUCCUGCGUGGGCUAUGCUAUUGGGCUGGGCAACGUCUGGCGCUUCCCAUAUCUCUGUGGCAAGAAUGGAGGAGGGGCCUUCCUCAUCCCCUAUUUCCUGACGCUGGUGUUUGCUGGAAUUCCUCUCUUCCUGCUAGAAACUGCUCUGGGCCAGUAUACCUCCGUUGGUGGACUGGGAGUAUGGAAAUUAGCACCCAUGUUUAAAGGAGUGGGGCUGGCAGCUGUGGUUCUCUCCUUCUGGCUGAACAUCUACUACAUUGUCAUCAUUGCCUGGGCUCUCUACUAUCUCUUCAACUCUUUCACUGCGGACCUGCCGUGGCAGAGCUGUGGGAACCCCUGGAACACUGACCGCUGCUUCUCCAACUACUCCCUGAGUGACACCACCAACCUCACCAGUGCCGUCACCGAGUUCUGGGAGAGGAACAUGCACCAGAUGUCUGGGGGCCUGGGGGAGCCUGGCAGUGUCCGCUGGCCCCUGGCUGGGAUGCUGGCCCUGGCCUGGCUGCUGGUUUACUUCUCCAUCUGGAAGGGCGUGGAGUGGACAGGAAAGGUGGUGUAUUUCUCAGCCACCUACCCCUACUUCAUGCUCUUCAUCCUCUUUUUCCGGGGAGUCACACUGCCAGGAGCCAAGGAGGGGAUCCUCUUCUACCUCACACCUGACUUCAGAAAGCUCUCUGACUCUGAGGUCUGGAUGGAUGCAGCCACGCAGAUCUUCUUCUCCUACGGCCUGGGGUUGGGGUCCCUGAUCGCACUGGGAAGCUACAACACUUUUCACAACAAUGUCUACAGAGAUUCCAUUAUUGUCUGCUGUAUAAACUCCACCACAAGCAUAUUUGCUGGGUUUGUUAUUUUCUCUAUUGUUGGCUUCAUGUCACACAUCACUAAGAAGUCAAUUUCAGAGCUGGCCUCCUCAGGCCCUGGAUUGGCUUUCCUUGCCUACCCACAAGUUGUGACACAGCUGCCCUUGUCCCCACUCUGGUCGAUCCUCUUCUUCUCCAUGCUGAUGAUGUUGGGUCUGGAUAGUCAGUUCUGCACCGUGGAAGGGUUCAUUACAGCCCUGAUGGAUGAGUAUCCUCAUCUCCUGAGAGCCAGGAAGAAGAUCUUCAUUGCAGUUGUCUGUUUCAUCUCUUAUCUCAUUGGAUUCUCCAACAUUACCCAGGGUGGCAUUUAUGUCUUCAAGCUGUUUGAUUACUACUCAGCCAGUGGCAUGUGUCUCCUAUUUCUUGUCUUCUUUGAGACCAUCUCAAUUUCUUGGUGUUAUGGUGUGAACAGAUUUUACAAGAACAUUGAAGAAAUGAUUGGCUACCAACCUUGUAUCUGGUGGAAAAUCUGCUGGGCCUUCUUCACUCCUAUUGUCUGCCUGGGCGUGUUCUUCUUCAGUGUGGUGGAAAUGACCCCUCUGACACUGGGAAAAUACGUCUAUCCUGCAUGGGGACAAGGCAUUGGUUGGCUUAUGUCUCUGUCCUCCAUGGUACUGAUUCCAGGAUACAUGUUGUACUGUUUCUUCACCUCAACAGGGACUCUCCGGCAGCGUUUGCAGCAGAUGACACAGCCCAAGCCAGAGGUGCACACUCAGAACAACAGCUUCCAGCCAAAGACAUCCUUGAAUGGGAGGAUCUCAGAUGCUGCUGUCUAAGAGGAGCGCCUGGAUGCCCUUGCCCUGCCCUGUAGCUGCUCAUGCCACAUUGUCCCUCGAGCUCCUCUGGCACAGAUCGUUGUCCCCAGCUUUGUGGGUGGCUUUA